GGCACAGCGAGAAAAUAAACGAAACCGAAGGGCUUCUCUACUCCUCAAUUCUUGUUCCCGCUGUGCGGAUUCUUUCCCUCUUCCGAGAUUUCCCUCUCUUUCUCUCUUCUUGUUUUCUCGCGAAACAAACAGCUGCCUAACUCUAAUUUAUUCAGUAUUACUAAGUCUGGUGUAUUUUCAGGGUUGAUUUGGAGGUGGAGGUCAAAAUCUUGAGUCGAUGGAAAUUUUCUAAGGGUCUUUACAGGCUAUGCAUUUUUCUUGGGUAUGUUAGCAUAUCAACUAAGAAUGAGGCACUAAAGUAGCAUUUUGCAUCUUAUGAACUUAAUUGCGGUGAGUUGAGUCUGGUUCUUUGGAUUCUGGAUCAGAGAUGGACUGCAAUAAAGAAGAGGCUGUCAGGGCCAAGGGGCUUGCUGAAAAGAAGAUGCAAAACAAGGAUUUUGUGGGGGCUCGGAAGAUUGCAAUUAAAGCCCAACAACUCUAUCCUGAUCUGGAAAAUAUUUCCCAGAUGCUCACUGUGUGUGAUGUACACUGCUCUGCGGAACACAAAUUGAUUGGGAAUGAGAUUGACUGGUAUGGUGUCCUUCAAAUUGAGCAAACGGCAGAUGAGGCAUCAAUCAAGAAGCAAUACCGGAAGCUUGCUCUCCUACUUCACCCAGACAAAAACAAGUUUUCUGGUGCUGAAGCUGCCUUUAAGCUGAUUGGGGAAGCACAAAGAGUUCUUUUGGACCGGGAAAAACGGUCCUUGCAUGACAUGAGACGUAAAGCUUGCAUGAAACCUAAAGCAGCACAUCAGACCCAACCGCGUGCAAAUAAGAAUGUGAAUUUUGGAAGACAAUCUGGGGUUCAAAACAGUUCUAUGAACAAUGCUGCUACAACAUAUGCAGGUGUGAAUGCCCAACACCAGCGGCCACAACAGCAGGCUUCAUCAGGUUCUUCCAAUGGCCGCCUGACAUUCUGGACUGUAUGUCCUUUCUGUGCUGUAAGAUACCAGUAUUAUAGAGAAAUCGUCAACCGAUCAUUGCGUUGUCAAAGCUGUGGCAAGACCUUCAUUGCCUAUGACAUGAAUACUCAAAGUACAGCACAAGGAACCAGUUGGAGUCAGCCUGCAUUCCCCCAACAGAAGCCAGUCCCUAAUCAGGAUGCUCAUAAAGUGGGUCCACAGAGUACUUUUCAGAAACCUGCUUCCAAUGUGGGAUUUCAAGGAAAAUUUGGUGGUGAGAAGUCAAGAAUGGAGUCAUUCUCAAAGACUGGAUGCACUUCUGAGAUUGGUGGUGGGUCUAAAACCAAUGAGAAAUAUGUGAAUGUGGAUAUGAAGGUUGAUAAAGGAGGGGGAUCUAACGAAGCUAAAUCCCCAGGAAAGGUGAACGGUAAGAAAAGAAAGAAGCAGGAAGUGGAAUCCAGUGAAAGUUGCGACACUGGAAGCAGCUCUGACACUGAAGAAUUAGUUAUGGAAGAGGAUGAUGAUCUCCCAGCUAAACAGAAUUAUGGACGUUAUGCAGAGCAGUACCCCCGGCGAUCUAAUCGGCAUAAACAACAUGUUUCCUACAGUGAAAAUGUAAGUGAUGAUGACAACUUAAUGAGUCCUCGAAAAAGAGCAAAAGGGAACGGAUCAUCCUCUGCCAAUGAAGAGAAGAGCGAGGAUGUAUCAUUGAAAGAAAACAUAUGCAAAAUCAAUAAGCAGGCUGGUGCAGCUGCUGAUGUAGAAGAAGAUAAGAAGGACUCGGGGCAAAAAGGAACUGGCUCUUUUGAUGAGAGCUUGCCUAAUGGAACCAAAGAGACUAAGAAAGACAAUGGAAAGGAAACAGUGACGGAUGAUGCAUGUAAGAGAAGUCCUGAAGCUGAUAAUGAUUUUCCUUCAAGUUCAACCCCCAAAGCUGCAAAAGAUCCAGAGUUCUAUGAAUACCCCGAUCCAGAUUUUAAUGACUUUGACAAGGAUAGGAAAGAAGAAUGUUUUACAGUUGGGCAGACAUGGGCUGUCUAUGAUACUGUGGAUGCAAUGCCGAGAUUCUAUGCUCAGAUCAGGAAAGUUUUCUCUACUGGGUUCAAGCUGCGGAUAACCUGGUUGGAGCCUGACCCUAGUGAUGAGGCUGAAAUUGAAUGGGUUAGUGAAGAUUUGCCAUAUUCUUGUGGUAAUUUCAAACGUGGGAAGUCCGAAAACACUGGAGAUCGUCUUAUGUUCUCUCAUUUAGUUUCUUGGGAAAAGGACCGCAGUAGAGAUGCUUACAAGAUACAUCCAAGAAAAGGAGAGACCUGGGCCCUUUUUAAGAACUGGGAUAUAAAAUGGAGCUCAGACCCAGAGAGUCAUAGGAAGUAUGAGUUUGAAUAUGUGGAAGUCUUGUCAGAAUAUGAUGAGAAUGUUGGAAUAUCAGUUGUGUACUUGAGUAAGUUAAAAGGUUUUGCCUGUCUUUUUUGUCGAAUACUGAAGCAAGGAAUUGAUUCAAUCUUGAUCCCACCAAGUGAACUACUUAGGUUCUCCCACAGGAUUCCUUCUUUUAAACUGACUGGUGAGGAAAGGCAAGAUGUUCCAAGAGGGUCUCUUGAACUUGACCCUGCGUCUCUGCCUGCCAACGUUGAAGAAAUUCCUGUUCCUGAAGAAGAUUUGAAGAUGGAGGCUAGUAAUGCAAAUUCUAAUGGUUCUGUUUCUAAGUCUACAGAAGAGAAUGUGAAGCCCAUGACAGGGUCAGAAGGAGGUUCAUCUAUGUUUCAGGUUGAUAAUGAGACCCAUUUAGACCCGGAGAAUGGCAAUCCUGAUGAUAUUCUCAAAGACCAUAGUAGUGAUCCAGCUUCUGUAGUAGCUUCAACUCCAGAAGCUUAUGAAAUUCCUGAGCCAGACUUCUGCAACUUUGAUGCUGAGAAAUCCCCAGAAAAGUUUCAAGUUGGUCAGAUUUGGGCCUUGUACAGUGAUGAGGAUGGUUUGCCAAAGUACUAUUGUCAGAUUAAGAAAAUUGAUUCUGAUCCAGAUUUCAAAUUGCACGUAACUUGGCUUGAAGCCUGCUCACCUCCAAAUGACAUGAUUCAGUGGCUUGACAAAAAGAUGUUGACCACGUGUGGGAGAUUUAAGAUUAAGAAGGGUAAGCCCCAGACCUAUACUAGUGCUGCUUCCUUUUCUCAUCAGUUAAGAGCAGAACUUACUGACAAGAAGAAUGAAUAUGCCAUCUUUCCUAGGAAAGGUGAGGUUUGGGCAUUGUACAAGAACUGGAAUGCUGAAAUGACAUGUUCUGACUUGGAGAACUGUGAAUAUGACAUAGUUGAAGUUCUAGAUGAAAAUGAUUUGUGGAUUGAAGUUUUGCUUUUAGAGCGAGUGGAGGGUUACAAUGCAGUUUUCAAGUCUCAAGUAGAAGGAAGAUUACCUUUCAGUAUGAAGAUUCCUCGGGUUGAAUUGCUUAGGUUCUCUCAUCAAAUUCCUGCUUUCCAUCUGACGGAAGAGAGAGAUGGUGCCUUGAAAGGAAACUUAGAGCUUGAUCCUGCAUCAUUGCCAAUUCUUUUAUUUUGUUCAAACUGAAGUGGCAAAAUGAGAAGUCUUCUCCCAUACGAUAAUCCUCCACAUUCAUUCCAAAGGAGUAUGCCUAGAAUGUCUGAAAAUGUUUGACGUAUUUUGGGAAAAGAUGCUCAAGUGUCAGCAAUAUGUCUGGGUAGCUGAGCCAAGUGAGGUUUGAAUCAGUGCUGCAUCAACUAUGUUUCUUGAAGUUGCUCUUGGGAAUGUGCAUGAAUGGAGUACUGCACGUAGGUUCUUCCAGAAGGGGUUUUGCUCUGGGGUUUGGCAUCAUCGGGACAUAAAAGUGGCUGUGCUGGUUUUUUGUUGCAUUCUUUUUUCCUUUCCGAGUUAGCUAUGCAGUUUUAGCCGCUCGGGCUACACAUUGCUAGUGGGGCUGGUGGUAUUAGCCAACAAAUGAUUAGGCAAAUUCCCCCUUUUUCUCCCAGUAUUGAAUUUCAGAUUAUCUGGAGAUACACUGUUUAUUAGCUUCCUCAUUUUGAUGUAAGGAAUAUCAUAUCGGCAAGCCGCAUGUUUUAUGUUGCAGUUUAAGUUGAUGUUAGGUUCAUUCCUUUGCAGAA